GUAACCAUUGUCACCUCACAAAUCGACACCGAACCCCCGGGGGACACAUCACACUAACUGCACAUUAAACAUUCACAUUCGACAUAACGAUAAUGUAGGCGUGUAUCCCACCGACGGCACGGAAGUGCCGCCAGCGGCCGAGACGCAGGGCGGGCGCGUGCGCGAGCUUUGGGCGGGGUUUCUGAUACCGCCCUACUCGCUCGCCCAAUAAAUUUGAACCUUGUACUGUUUCGAGUUUAGGUUUAUUCGGAAGGAAAUGAUCAUUCUGUGGUGUGGUGUGGGCGGGCGUCCGCCUCCAUCACGGCGCAGUCGGUUGAGCGUGUCGAGCGAUGGCCGCGCGCGACGACGCGUGCGAUCGGCAGUAAUGGUGAUGGAGCGGCUGGCGGACUUCGUCAGCAAGUCUCUGGAGGGUGGCGAAGCACCCGCGCCGCCGCCGGAGCCCGGGGACGGCGAGGACGCGGACGACGUGGAGGUGGACAUCACGGCGCUGGACGAGAAGGUGCCGCCGGCCAAGAAGCCCCGCAACUGGCUGCUGUCGCCCGUGCCGACGCACAACUGCAAGAGAGAAGCUAACACAGAUGACGAUGAUGAUAAACAUGAUCACCCUGACAAGUCGCCCAACAGCCUGGGCAGUAACGGAGGCGGCAAGCAGCGGCGGUCUCGCACCAACUUCACAUUGGAGCAGCUGGGGGAGCUGGAGAGGUUGUUCGACGAGACUCACUACCCUGACGCCUUCAUGAGGGAGGAGCUCAGUCAGAGACUCGGCUUAAGCGAGGCUAGAGUGCAGGUUUGGUUUCAAAAUCGACGGGCGAAAUGUAGAAAACACGAGAGCCAGAUGCACAAAGGUUUACUAGGUGGUGGAGGCACGCCACUCGAGCCGUGCCGUGUAGCGCCGUACGUGUCGGUGCCGCGGCUGUCAGCCGUGCCGCGCGCGCCGCCGCCGCCGCCGCUGCCGUCGCUGGCGCCGCAUCCGCCUCCAGCGGCCUUCGCACCGUUCGACUCGGCUUUGCUGUCUGCUGCCGCGCAUCAGUACGCGAGCGCAGCAGCAGCGGCGGCGGCGGCUCUCUGCCCGCCGUACGCGGGGCUGGCGGCACUCGCAGCUCGCUGCCGGUCGUCCUCCAUCGCCGACCUCCGCCUCAAGGCGCGCCGCCACGCCGCCGCGCUCGCCGCCGCCCGCGCGCCUUCGCCCCCGCCGCCGCCGCCCCCACAGUCCGCCUCCGCAGACACAUAGCCUAUUAUAGUUCUUAACGAGAUGACCGCAAGUUAAUCCCCCUAAGGUGGAUAUUUGAAAUUGAAGAUCUACCUACUUACUGAUUUUAGUUUAUCAAUAAUUUCA